CGAGUUUUUAAAAAUUGUUGAAGCUUGUUUUGUUUAUGAAAACAAAUCAAUCUUGAACAAACUUUUAACGAACGAACGCAAACUCAGACUCGAAUAGCUUGGUUCGUUUAGCAGCCCUACCGGCUUCCGAAUCUCGGGUUAUAAAAGGAACUCCUCCCUAUCUCUCUUCUAUCACUGUCGUCCAAACUAACAUUACUGAAUUAGGCAUUUGCAGAAUAUCGAAAGCUAGCACCCAUCACACACUGGAAAACAAAAGCUACAAAUUAACAAAUGGCACUGCCUGUGACUUGUGAUGAAGCUAAGUCGACCCUUCCAGAUGCUUGGGACUUCAAAGAUCGUCCUGCCAUCAGAUGCUCCACUGGUGGCUGGACGAGUGCUGCCAUGAUUCUAGGGGUAGAGGCGUGUGAAAGAUUAACAACGCUUGGUAUCGCCUUCAACUUGGUUACAUACUUGACAGAAACCAUGCAUCUAGGGAGGGUCACCUCCGCCAACAUUGUCACCAAUGUUUUUGGCACCUCUUUCAUCCUCAGUUUGCCUGCGGGUUUCAUCGCCGACGCUUACCUUGGCAGGCAUCUAACUAUCACAAUCUUUACCGCCAUUCAAGCAGCUGGGGUAACAAUGUUAACCAUCUCCGCCGUCGUCCCAAACCUCCGACCACCCAAAUUCACCGCCACCAGCCCCGACUACGUCCCCGCCAGUGGGGCCCAACUAAUUGUCCUCUACAUCGCCCUCUACGUCUACGCACUAGGCACCGGCGGCCUCAAAUCGAGCGUCUCCGGCUUCGGCUCCGACCAAUUCGACGACACGGACAAACAAGAGGGACACCAAAUGAACAAAUUCUUCAACUGGUUCUUCUUCUUCACCAGCAUCGGGUCCCUCGGCGCCGCUACAAUACUGAUUUACAUUGAGGAUGAUUUUGGCUGGCCGUGGGGGUACGGAAUCUGUUCUUGUGCAGUUGUGAUCGGCUUGGCUGUGUUUUUAUCGGGUACGAAGCGGUACAGGUUUAAGAAACUUGCGGGGAGUCCGUUGACUCAGAUUGCGGCGGUGUUUGUCGCUGCGUGGAGGAAUAGGAGGGCGGAGCUGCCGGAGGAUUCAUCGAUGCUUUAUGACGGCAGAGAGUUUGAGAAGGAGAAGCAGGAAUUGCCUCAUACCAAGCAAUUUCGUUUCUUGGACAAAGCUGCCAUCAAGGACCCUAGUAGAACAAAUAUGGUGACUAAAUGGAGCAUAUCAACUUUAACACAUGUGGAGGAAGUAAAGUUGGUACUUAGAAUGCUACCCAUUUGGGCCACCACAGUGAUGUUCUGGACAAUCUAUGUCCAAAUGAGCACAUUCUCCGUCUCCCAAGCAGCCACCAUGAACCGCCACAUUGGAAAAUCGUUUAAAAUUCCCGCAGCUUCUCUCAAUGUUUUCUCCGUCGGCAGCAAUCUAUUGACCGCUCCGUUCUACGAUUGGAUUGUUGUGCCUAUAACAAGAAAAUUACUCAAGAACCCCCAAGGUCUCACCCCAUUACAACGCAUAGGCACUGGUCUACUCCUCUCAAUAUUCGCGAUCGUGGCCGCUGCUCUCACCGAAAUAAAGCGUUUACACGUGGCACGAUCACAUGGCUUGACAAGUGAUCCGACCGUUGUUCCACUAAGUGUGUUUUGGUUGAUCCCGCAGUUCUUUUUGGUUGGCUCCGGCCAGUCGUUUAUUUACAUUGGCCAUUUGGAUUUUUCCCAGAGGGAGUGCCCCAAAGGCAUGAAGGCUAUGAGCACAGGGCUAUUUUUGAGCACCAUUUCAUCGGGGUUUUUCGCCAGCUCUAUAUUGGUUAUUAUAGUGGACAAGGUGACUGGGGAUAGAAAGCCAUGGCUAUCUGGUAAUAUCAACAAAGGGAAGCUCUACAAUUUCUAUUGGCUUCUAGCUGUUCUGAGUGGUUUAAACUUUUUCUUGUUUUUGGUUUGUGCCAAAUGGUACGUGUACAAGGAGAAGAGGCUUGCCGAGGAGGAUUGAAUUGGAGGAAGAAGAGCAUAUAUAUAUAUAUAUAAAACUGCACUGUAUAUGAGUGACGUGUGUAAACUUACUUUUGGAAGACUUUUUAUGCU